CCUGGCUGUGCCCAUCCGCCACCCAAAGAUGAUGGCCAGUGGGAUGCCAGUUUUCCUGCUCCUCCUCUGGACAACAAACACACCUCAAGGUGCAGGAGUUCAGGUUUUGCCACCUGUUAACUUCACCCUCACAGUCUCUGCAUUAGCACAAGUGCUGUUACACUGGGAGCCAAACCCUGCUCAGGAACAAAACAACGCCACCAUUAGAUACGAUGUGAAAAUCCUGAGCCCUGUGCCAGAAGAGUAUGACACCAAGAGGACUCACAGCGUGCGGACAGCGGCGCUUCACAACGGCUUCUCAGCCCGCGUGCGCACCUUGCUCCUCCAGGAGGGCCUUCAGAUGAGCAGUGACUGGGUGGAGGGAAACCUCCCACCUCUGCCAGGUGCUGCAGAGACAUCUGUCACCAACUUGUCCUGUGUCACUCGUGUCACCAUCCCUGGCAAUGUCUCUCUCCGUUGCACUUGGCUCCCUGGCCAAGGGGCUCCAGAAGACACCAAAUACUUCCUGUUUUACAGGUAUGAGACACACACAGAGGAAUGUCCCACUUACACCAAAGACAAGUGGAGCAGGAAUACUGAGUGCAGAUUUUCAAGUACCCAGAUUAAACCCGGUGAGAUUGACAACCUCAUUGUCAUUCACAUCAAUGGCUCCAGCCAACGUGCUGCAAUCAAGCCUUUUCAGCAGUUAUUUAACCAAAAUGCCAUCGAGAAAGUGAAUGUUCCCAGAAAUAUCAGCAUAUCCCUGGAGCAAAAUGAUCUCCUGGCCGUGUGGGAGAAGCCAAUUUCUCCUUUCCAUGAGGAAUGUUUUGAGUAUGAAUUUUAUCUCAUCAACCUGAAGUCAGGUAACAAGCAGAUCCUGAAAAUCUCCUCCAACACUUUCCGGCUGCGGAUCGACGGCAGCAGCAGGUAUUCCAUCAGGAUCAGGGCCAACCACAACCACAUCUGCUGUGCCAGGGGAUUCUGGAGUGACUGGAGUGAAAUCAUUUAUGUUGGGCAAAAUAAACUGGAGAAUUCCAUAGCCUGGAUUCUCACCCUGCUCUGUGUGUCCACGUCCUGCACAUUGCUGCUUGUUGCUAUAAUAUGCCAAAUAGGCUCUGGAUGCUAUAAAGGCCAAAACUCCCCAAAUGUGCAGUGAGGAAGCCCAGCUACACUUUGGAUUUGUGUCUGUGACAGUCAAAUCAUAAGUGAUGAAUUAAAGGCUCCAUGUAAUUUGAAGUUUCUCCCUGAAACAUGCAGCAAUUACCAGUCCACAAUAAACACAGCUCCCCUUAA